AGCUUUAGAGUGCCCUUAAGUCACCAGAUCAUCAGAUCCCCGAGUUGUUGCCAGAGCUGGGCUGGGUUUUUGGGGAAGGCUCAGCACCCUUGUAGCCCUGAGGUGCCAAGGCAGCUCUCGUGCCCCAGCUGAAGGUCAGGCUGGCCCGCCUUGCUUGGGGGCUGUAGCUGUGUCAGCACAGCACUGCUGAGCCUCAGCAGUGCUUUUCCUUGGGACCUAAAUGGCAGCUGAACUCCCAGUUGCUUUUUAGAACAGAAGGUGAUAAAGAGUGGAGUUUAUUCAGCACACUGACCUCCAGCUCUGGGGUGGUCCAGGCAGCAUCUGGAGCAAUUUCUAUCACUGUUUCCGUAAAAUAUUUUAAUGUACCCAACUUAAAACCAAAUAAAUUGUCGUGACUACAAGUUGCAUUCCUCCUCCUGGCCCUCUUGACAUUUAUCCAUGUAUUGUGGCUCAGAAAUCCAUCCAGGUCCCAGAACAGCGUUAAACUUCUAAGGUUGAUGCUAAGGUGGACAAAACAUCUGCCAAUAUUAUCCUGUCUGUGCUGUGGGGACUGGGAUUUGAAUCUCCCCAAAACAGCACUUCUACAGCUAUGUUGAUGGGAAUGUUAAAGUCUCAAAGGAUGAUGCUGCAAUUGCAAAUUUAAGCUGUUAGUUUUUUUGUUGGUUGUGUCGGGUUUUUUUUGAUAGGUUGUGAAGCAAGCAGUGUAAGAACUUGGGUUUAAAACUUGUUUAAAGUAUAAGUAAGCUCUCCUUCCACCCAUGUCUUCCUUCAGGCUUUGUUUUUGCUUUCUAAUCAAACCUGCAGCAAUAAGACACUGUAUGUUUUCAGGUGCACUGUCUGAGCGUGUGCUUGUGGAAUCUCCAGUUUCUUUGGUGUGUUUGGGUGCUGCAGACUCCUGCCCCACCUCUAACCCCAUUCCUGCCCCACCCCAAACCCAAUCAACGGUUUUGCCUGACCUCGGGAUUUUCCAUGUGGCACUACCUGGGCACCUCCACAGGCCAGACUGAGCCUUUCAGCUUUGCAGUUCUGGGGAAGCUUGGGGCAAAUCAGUGGGGCAAAGGUUCCUGAACAUGUCCCGGAAGGAUCCCUGCCAGAAACAAGCCUGUGAAAUACAGAAAUGCUUGCAAGCGAACAACUACCUGGAGUCCAAGUGUGAAGCUGCGCUUCAGGAGAUGCGGAAAUGCUGCGCUCGGUACACCAAGGGCAGAUCCGUCUGUUGUUCAGGGUUUGAGAGAGAAGAAAGGGAGAGAGAAAAGGCUAAGCUGACUUCAAAAGGAAUUUCCCCACCACCUCAGUAACACAAUGCAGCUCCAGCAGGUGCUGGAGCAUGGACUCACUUGAAGAGCUUGUGUGUGUUUUUUUCAAGCCUUCUUUAGACUUUCAGAAAAGCCAGAUUGCUCCUGGAACACACCAUUCAGCACACCAAAAAGCAUUACACAGUACCAACAUAUGGCCUGGUUAACAAACUUUAUUUUCUGUAUGAAAACAUAAUCUAUGUUGCCUCUGCAUCACACCUGUGAAAUGUCAACUUGAUGUUUUUAGGAUGCUUACCUUACUCUAAUCCAUCCUUGUUCUAAAAAUGGAGAAUUGGAACCGAGUUAUUCUGGCUUCUGGAGUGAGAGGUACAGGAAAUGAGCUCAGAAGAGUGAGUUUAAACAUGAAACAAACCCAUCUUGAUACAACAAAGGUAUUGCUGCCACCAUGCAGUAGUUCCAGACAAUAUUUGCCUGUCCAGUGGUUCAAGCUCAAGAAUGGGAAUCAGGUCUGAUGAUUGUUCCUAAGUCUUGUAUAGAUCAUGAGUGACUACAAGUCACUUUGCCUAAGUGCCUCACUUUUCCACUGGACAGAGUUGUUUAUUUUAUAUUUGAAUUGCCUACACGCUGCUAUUUGCAUGAUAAAGAUGUUACAGGAAUAUAAUUUCAGGGACUGCUACAGGGAUAGGAUAUUUUUUUAAAAAAAGCAAUAUUCAUUUGAAAGAUUUGACUGUUGAUACAAAAUUUAUAAAUUUAUGUCUAAUUUAACACCUUUAAGCAAUAUGCUUUGAAUCCAAGUCUAGUUAAAACUGCUGAUACCCAAAGGCCUGUCACAGAGCCCUGGGCUAGAUCCAAGAACUGACUUAGGUGCUGCUUACUGAACAAGCAGUUGUAGGCAGUAAUUUUCCAUACAGCAUUCCAGACUCACUCCCCAGCCGGCUGUGUCUGGACCCCAGGAGAGAUUGCUUUCCAGAAGCUCUCGGCCAUGCAGCAGAAUUUCCUGUGACCUGUAGGAAGAGCUCAUAGACAGGUUCCUGCACCACCCUUCAGCGCUGCCUGUAGCAGGAGUCCAGGCACCCAAAUAUCAGGCUCCCAACCCACUAGCCCUAACUCUGUAUUAGAUCUAGCCGUAAAGGACUUUUGUGCUGUGAUCAAGUACAACUUACUAAUGAAAUAGAGCUUCUAUAAACCACUGAGGUCUAGGCACAAUAGUUGUGUGUACUGAAGCCUAGAAGAGCAAACCAUCUGCAUUCACUGCUCUGAAAUACCAUGGUACAAAAUAAACAACUGGAACAAA